AUGUCACAAGUUUUCAAUAUCUGGGGAGGUCUAGGUGUACAGAAUGGAAGGUUGUUGAUCAAUAGUAACACUGCACAAGAUGCUACAUCAGCAUCUACUUCUAGUUUCCUUACUUCUUUAGCUGUCAACGGGGCUAUAGCUGGUGGAGAAUUGGCCGCUUUCAUUUUGGUCAGAGGGUAUAUCAAAGCUAUAUAUGAACCGAGAACAUAUGUUCCCCUGAGAGAAAAGCAAGCCCCGGUCUUGGGUAAAAACUUAUUUUGGCCAUUAUGGACUAUCAUCACUUCGGAUUCCUCUACUAUAUUGGACAAAACCGGUGUCGACCCAUAUUUCUUCGUCCGAUACCUGUUCCUCAUGGCCAAAGCGAUGAUCCCCAUCUGGCUCAUAUCAUGGGCUAUCCUCCUUCCCGCCAAUGCUGUGAAAACACAUGUCGAUAGCCAGAAAGGGUUGGACAAAUUCACGUUUGGAAAUGUUGCAGACAGUCAACAUAAACGGUAUUGGGCGCAUCUCAUUUUGGUGUGCAUCUUUGAUUUCUGGAUCAUCUGGUUAUUGUUCACGGAGAUGAAACAUUGGUUAUUAAUACGUCAGAAAUGGCUAGUCAACCCUGCUCAUUCCAAAUUGCCUCAAGCUACUACUGUACUCAUACAAAGUAUACCGCCGGAGUACAUGGAUGAGGUGAAACUGGAAGAGCUCUUUUCGCUCCUACCAGGAGGAGUAAAACGUAUCUGGCUGGCGAGAAACCUUCAAGACAUGCCCGAUUUAUGGUCUCGAAGGUUAGCCGCUUGCAAAAAGCUUGAAUCCGCACAAGUGGAUCUGAUCAAGAUUGCUCGAAAACACCGCUCAGACACCCAACGAGCCAUUGCGAAGCUCGAGGCGAAAGGCAAACCGAUUCCUGACACACUCACCGGUCCCGUCAAUCCGGACUUGCUAAAGCCGAAAGAAGAUGAUUUCGAGAAUGGUGGAGAUAUGGACCCUUCCAAGUUAGCUCUGGUUGACCAACUCGUUCCCCGAUCCAAGCGUCCUACCAUUCGAUUGAAACCUAAAUGGGCCCCUUUUGGUCUCGGUUUCCUCGGUAUAGGUCAAAAAUUGGAUACCGUCGAAUGGGCCAGAAAAGAGAUCGCCGACUGUACCGCUGGGCUGGCAGAAGGGAGGGAACAUCUCAAAGCGGAUAUCUUGAGUCCUGGAGCCGAGGAGGACAAGUUUGCUCCUCUCAACUCGGCCUUCAUUCAUUUCAACCGGCAAAUAGCGGCUCACAUGGCUAUGCAAUGUCAGACACAUCAUAAACCAUAUAGCAUGCACCGACACUAUAUCGAAAUGUCACCUUCGAACGUGAUAUGGCGCAACAUGGCUCUGAAUCCGUACGAGCAAAAUGUACGACAGGCAUUGUCUUACGCUGCAACCGCAGGAUUAAUCCUCCUCUGGGGUUUCCCUGUGACCUUCAUCGGUGCUCUCUCCAGCGUCUCGACGUUGCAGAGUUACAAAUGGCUGCACUGGAUCGGCGGUGAUAGUUUUGGCAAGAAACUGUUCCGUGGUCUCAUAUCCGGUGUACUACCUCCCGUGUUACUUUUUCUACUCAUGGCAAUCCUUCCUACCAUCUUGCGUCAACUCGCGACACUGGAAGGUAUUCCGAGUAAGAAGGCGGUCGAGCUCGAUCUCAUGCAUCGAUAUUUCAUCUUUCUUGUCGUCCAUACAUUCUUUGUGGUAACUCUCGCGUCAGGUCUGGUCAGUGCGGUCAAAAAGAUUGCCGAUAAUCCGUCUUCAGUGGCAAAUACCUUGGCUAUGCAGAUGCCUACAGCUUCGACAUUCUUCAUCACUUUGGUCCUGACCCAGUUCACGGGAACGAUAGGUACUUUGCUACAAGCGGUCACAUUAGCGAUAUACUAUGUGAAGAUUGUGCUUCUUGGUGGAUCUCCUCGCUCAGUCUACAAAACCCGUUACACGCUUCACACUACCACAUGGGGUACUACCUUUCCAGGCGUGACUGUCUACUCCGUCAUCGUGAUUGCAUAUUGUGUCAUUUCACCAAUCAUCAACGGUUUCGGAGCACUCUUCUUUCUCCUCUCCGCCCUGGUAUACAAAUAUCUCUUCCUAUGGGUUAAAGACCAGUCACCUGAUUCCGACACGGGUGGAUUGUUUUUCCCAAAAGCUGUGACACAUACGUUUGUGGGAAUCUAUGUGCAACAGGUUUGCUUGUGUGCUUUGUUCUUCUUGGCCAAGGCGUUGCCGCAGGGGAUCAUCAUGGUUGUAUUGAUUGUGCUUACUGCCGGGAUGCACCUAGUCAUCAGUCAAUCUUUCAGUCCCCUCAUAAAUCCCUUACCUAUGACGCUGGCCCAAAUCGGACAAUCCGCAGACCCCACCUCUGAAGCCGUCAAAGCCGUCAAAGAGAUGUUUAGCGACCCUUCUCCGGAUCAACGUUUCAGCUCUGAUAAUUCCUCACAAGAACGUCUGACCAAACCCAACCUUUACACCGCCUCUCCCGAAACCAAACGAGCACCUGGCAAAUCCGCCAUACUUCAAGCUCAAGCCACCGAAAAGUCCAACCAAUCCCUUCCAACUCCAGCAGCUUCUACCACCCCAGGCCCACCACAACCUCUCUUCUCAAAUGAUCCCUCGGCUCGAGCACAUACUGCCUUUGAGCCUGAAGAUGAGGACGAAGCAUACUUUGCUGUCCCAGGUGGACCAGGAGUAGUGAGGACAACAGAACAAGAUCCUAAUGACGUUUAUGCGUUUUUCCAUCCUGCGACCAAAGAACCUCAACCGGUCUUGUGGUUACCGAGGGACGAACUGGGAUUAUGCGAAGCGGAGAUUGAAGCGAAUGCAGCGGCAGGAGUGGAGAGUACUUGUAAGGGUAGCGUGUUGAACCAAAAAGGUAGAGUACAGAUUUCGGGUCCUCCACCUGAUUAUUUGAUGGGUUUUUCAUAG